AGGAGAAAGAGGGAGGUUCCUGCUCUGCUCCUCCGUGUUUUCUCUCAGAGCAGAGGAGGAAAAACAGACGCCCACGGGAACCAGGCCGAGACGGAGACACGGUUUCACGAUCUGUGUUCCUGCUGCUGCUGCUGCUGCUGCUGCGUCCACCUGAGCAGAGGAGCGGGGUCGGAGAGACACGGGGCGACACGGGGCGACACACAGAAAGAGUCUGAAGAUGGAUGAUGGUUCCAGCAGCGCAGGUCUACACAGGUAGACGGCCGUACAGAACCUAGGGCUGGAGCCGGCUGCACAUCUCUAACUACUGAGGGAGUCGUACAGACUUUGGCUCAUCACUAAAAUAACAUUUCCACCUGGGCACAGUGUCAGCGUGUUACCAAAAUGGACACCCUCUCUCAGGAUUCUCUGAUGGAGUGUCAGAUCUGCUUUAACUACUACAGUCCACGCCGGCGGCCCAAACUCCUGGACUGCAGGCACACGUGCUGUUCGGUGUGUUUGACACAGAUGCGCAACACCCAGAAGGAGAUCCGCUGCCCGUGGUGCCGCAACGUGACCAAGCUUCCGGCAGGUCUUUCUGUUUCCCAGCUCCCAGACGAUCCUGACGUGGUCACCGUCAUCGCCAUCCCUCACACCUCGGAGCAAACUCCAGUUUUUAUCCGUCUGCCGAGUAACGGCUGCUACAUGCUGCCCCUGACUGUCACCAAAGAACGUGCGAUGGGGCUGCCUGGCGAGCUGGGGUGUCGCUUCCUGCCUAGUGGGGGGCAACAAAAAGGGAGUGUCACCGUGGUGACUCUGCCAGAGCAGCAUCCUCUAGACCUGAACAUGGACCUGGAGGCAGUUGGACUGGAAGGAGCAGAUGGAGACAGGAGGGUCAGUGGUCCAGUUGGUGGAGGAAAGGGUUCCACGUGGACAGGUGUGUGCACUGUUAUCCUGGUGGCCUGUGUUCUGCUCUUUCUCCUGGGCAUCGUGCUGCACAACAUGUCCUGUAUCUCCAAACGUUUCACCGUCAUCUCCUGUGGAUGAAGGUGGUCAGGAAGGAGGAGGUGGAGGAUCAGAGUUCUGCAGAAUCUCUUCGACCACUCGCUGCCACCUCCGUCCUCUUUGGACCACCGUCUGGCUGUGCCAUCUUCUCAGGUUAGGAGUGUGGAGUAAAGUCAGAUCAAGGAAAACCAACGAUGAUGAGAUGAUGAAGACCAAUUGGAGAAUCACAGAUGGUCUGAGAAAAAACCUUUAUAUGUGCAGGAGAUGGGAACGAAAAGGGAAAACAACAAAAAAAAAACCUUUUACCUUUUUAGGGUGGAAUGGAAACCAGGUUCUGGACAGUCUGGUGGUCUUGUUGUGUGGUGAACUUUGGGCCAGGAACUGUUCAGACAAUCACUCCCAGUACAGUAAUUGCCAGUUUAGUCUGUGGUUUGUAGAAGUCAGUCUGUUAAAGUAGUCUUUCUUUAGUUGUGUGCUGGUUUGUGGCACUUCCAGUCAAGGUGUCACUUACAGACGUAGACCGUGUCCCAUCUGGACCUCUGAUGAAAAACUACUGGGUUUUCUGUUAAUACUUUUUUUCCCCCACAAACCAACAGUUGCCAUGAUGACGCCAUGUAGGUUUGAAGAAUUUACAACCAUCAGAUGUUAAUGUUCAGUUAUGCAAAAAAAAAAGAAAAAAGAAAAGAGGGAACUGUUGUAGGGUUGGUUUAGCAGGUCAUAAAUGGGCAGUUAGCAGCCUAGUGUUCCAGUCGACACAUUUGGAUUAGGGUUUGUUUUGUACGACCUACUUUAUUUAGGUGAAAUAGUCUGCACUACUUGUAGUUUGUGGUUGUGAACUGGCAGGAAAGUAAGUCUUGGUUUUCAGUUUCGGAAGAUUUACCUUUUGUGAGUGAAUAAAAAAAAAGACUAAACCGCCUGGGAACGAGAACAGCAUCCGGAGCUGAAGAU